UGACAGUAGCUUUGUCAUCUGCAAAUGACAUUUAGGAAUUUUGGAACUAUCGCGGGUCGUUUUUUGUUUACGUUUUUACAGAUAAAUUUAGUUCGGUGCCUCUUGAAUUUGUGUAAUAAACAAUGAAUAAUUCUGUAGCGAGUUCGGCGGCAAAGGUAGGAGAAAUAUUUACAGAAGCUGGAGCUGCUUUUAAUAAAUUAGCAGAUUUAGCAAUGACAUUGCAUCCUAUAGGAGAGCCAAGUAUUAGUCAGCAGCCUAAAACGCCUGUGAAGAAGAAAAUAGUAGAAGAAAGGACAAUAGCCAGUGCCAACAUACCAGCCCAUACACAGCACAACAUCCAUUCUGCACCUCUAUCGCAACAGGUAACACUGAACAUGCUGAAUGCCCAAGAAACAGAAAUAGACACAGAUGGACUUGGCGGAGAUGUCAAGUUGGAGUUUGAAUCAAGCACAGAUGAAGUGACCACAUGAUAUUGACUGUAACUUUUAUUUUAAUCAAUUAUUUAUAAUUAGAUGUUACCUAUUUUGUAUACUUCUUAUUUAACGG